AUGCCCCAAGCCACACCUCGCCGCAUCCUCAUCCUCACCGAGCUGGGCCUCACGACGCUCGCCUCGUGCCCCCUCGACAUCCACCUCCUCAUUCUCCAGCGUUUCACCCGCCUCUUUGCCUAUGGCGCUUCCACCCUCAUCCUCGUCAGCUACCUCGAGUCGCUGGGCCACAGCCGCACCCGCUCCGGCCUGUUCAUGACGCUCACCCUCGCCGGCGACAUCCUCAUCAGUUUCUUCCUCACCCUGACCGCCGACAAGAUUGGCCGCAAGGCCACCCUCGCGGCCGGUGCCGUCCUCAUGGCCCUCAGCGGCGUCGCCUUCGCCCUCUUGCAAAACUACUGGCUCCUGCUGGCCGCCGCCGUCUUUGGCGUCAUCUCCCCCAGUGGAAACGAGAUCGGGCCCUUCCGCGCCGUCGAGGAGAGCAUCGUCGCCCACCUGACCACCCACGACCAGCGGAGCGACGUCUACGCGUGGUACACCCUGCUCGGCACCGCCGGCACCGCCUUUGGCAUCAUGGCCUGUGGCUGGGCCACCCACGCUCUAGUUGCGGCCGGCCGAGGUCUGGGAGAGGCCUACCGCCUCCUCUUUGCGGGCUAUGCGCUUCUCGGCGUCGUCAAGUUGUUGUUGACGCUGGCACUGUCCCCGGCCGUCGAGGCAGACAGGACGAAGAGGAAUGGGCCACGCUCCGAGUCGGAGCCCCUGUUGAACGGGCAGACGGCUGCUCCCGAGGAGGUCCCGGCGAAUGCGCGGCCGACAUGGGCUUCUUUGGUGCCGCAUGUCACGGCUGAGAGUAGGGCCAUUGCCGCGACCUUGUGUCUGCUGUUUGGCCUGGACGCGUUUGCAUCCGGCCUGGCGCCCCUGUCCUGGGUGACAUUUUACUUUCGCUCGCGGUUCGAUAUCGAGGAGGGUCGCCUGGGCUCCAUAUUCUUCGCCACGUCUCUGAUCUCAGCUGCUUCCGUCGUCGUUGCCUCGUCCAUUUCCAAACGCCUCGGAAAUGUCAAGACAAUGGUCUUCACUCACCUCCCGUCGUCCAUGUUCCUCGCCCUCAUCCCCGUUCCUUCAAACCUCUUCUUGUCCCUCAGUCUGCUGGCCCUCCGCGCGUGCACGCAAUCAAUGGACGUGGCCCCCCGCUCCGCCUUUCUCGCCGCCAUAUUCUUGCCCUCUGAACGGACCGCUGUAAUGGGGCUAGUCAAUGUCGUCAAGACGAGUGCGCAGAGCUUGGGACCUCUCAUCACCGGCGUCUUGGCAAAUCAUCACUUGUUCUGGGUCAGUUUUGUGUGUGCCGGCUCCUUGAAGGUCUGCUAUGAUUUGGGACUACUAGUAGUUUUCAAGGAGCGAGAACAACGGCGAGCAGGGGACGAGGAGACGACGUGA